UCUAUAUCUACAUCAAACGGCUCUCUCGCGCUACCUCUGUUUCUCGAUCGCCGGAAUAUUCCGAUCUCCGGCGAUCCAUGAUCGCCUCCGCUAUUGCAUUCCCAUUCCAUACGUUUUCUUCCUUGGGUUACUAUAAUAGAUCCAUUAUUCAUCCGUCUCGCCCAAUCACUAUUUCACUUUUUUUCGUUUCGGAAUCCUUUUGAUCUAUCUUUCGCAUUUAUCAUUGAAUUUGUGAACACCUAUAUAUAUAUAUAUGUAGAUACCUGCAUUUGAGACGAGAUGUUCAACAAGAUAAUAAAGAGAGGCCAACGCAAGGUGGCCAGAUCAGAUGUUGAUUUGGCCCAUGCUGCGCAAGGCCGGAGCUCCGGCUCCGUCUCUACCUCGAACAUCGUUAUCAACCACGCCUCUCACCCCGGGGCACCGCCACAUUGAUCUCAACAGCAGCAAACAGCUGCUCCUGCGGUGCCGGCGCGGCCGCCUUUGGGCACCAUUGAGAAUCUACCCGCGUUUCGAGAUGUUUUAGCUUUGGAGCGUCAGAGUUUGUUUCUGCGGAAGCUGAAGAUUUGCUGCUACCAAUUUGAUUUCUGUGAUACUCUGAAAAUGGUGAGGGAAAAGGAGAUUAAGACACAGACUUUGGUUGAGCUUGUGGAUUUUAUUCAAUCCGGUUCUGGGAAAGUUACGGAAGCAAAUCAAGAGGAAAUGAUUAAGAUGAUUUCUCUGAAUAUAUUCAGGUGCUUGCCCCCUGCCGCCCAUGAAAACACAGGGUCCGAGAAUAUCGACCCCGAGGAGGAGGACCCGUAUCUUGAGCCUUCAUGGCCUCAUUUACAGCUCGUUUAUGAACUGCUCUUGCGUUAUGUGGUUGCGUCAGAUACGGAUACUAAGGUUGCCAAGCGUUACAUUGAUCAUUCGUUUGUCUUGAGGUUGCUUGAUUUGUUUGAUUCAGAGGAUCCAAGGGAAAGGGAGUAUUUGAAGACGAUUCUGCAUAGAAUAUACGGGAAGUUCAUGGUGCAUAGGCCAUUUAUUAGGAAGGCGAUAAAUAAUAUCUUUUAUAGGUUCAUAUAUGAGACAGGGAGGCACAGUGGGAUUGGAGAGCUUUUGGAGAUUCUAGGGAGUAUAAUUAAUGGGUUUGCAUUGCCAAUGAAGGAGGAGCACAAGUUAUUUCUUGCCCGGGCUUUGAUACCACUCCACAAACCUAAGCCGGUAGCAAUGUAUCAUCAACAGUUAUCGUAUUGCAUUACGCAGUUUGUUGAAAAAGACUACAAAUUGGCGGAUACAGUUAUAAUGGGCCUGUUGAAGUAUUGGCCAGUCACCAAUUCCCAAAAGGAGGUUCUCGUUCUUGGGGAACUUGAGGAAGUUUUGGAGGCCACACAUAAUGUUGAAUUUCAGCGCUGCAUGGUUCCCCUUUUCAGACAGAUUGCUCGUUCCCUCAACAGCUAUCACUUUCAGGUUGCAGAACGAGCUCUUUUCCUGUGGAACAAUGACCAUAUUGUGGGUCUGAUCUCCCAGAAUCGAAAUGUGAUUUUACCAAUCAUUUUUGGGGCUUUGGAGAAGAACAUAUUGUCCCACUGGAACCAGGCAGUACAUGGCCUAACUGUUAAUGUUCGAAAAAUGUUUUUGGAGAUGGAUGCCGAGUUAUUUGAACAGUGCCAGCGGCAGUAUAUAGAGAGGGAAUUCAGAUCUAGAGAGUUGGAAGAACAACAAGAAACCAAAUGGCAGCAAUUAGCAGCAGCAGCUGCUGCUCAAGGAGGAUGAACAGAGAUACGAGUUCAUCGUUUACCGGUUCUCCUAGUCUGGAUGGAUCAUUUUCCAAAAUGGAUCAGUGAACCUCGGAUGCAUUUUCUCGGUGUGCAUCGUACAUAAUUUUGUGGUCUCUCAGAAUUGACUUUGCCUUGUCAUGAAAUGUUGCUGGCAAAUCAAUGGGCAAUGUAAAUUUUGAUGUAUAUUUGUAUUAAUGUGCUCUGCGGACUAAGGUUAAAGGUUGGCCAAAGUGCCUUGUUUUUUUUCUUUUUCUAACAAUAGUUGCAUUAUGAGAGAAAUUCUCAUCUCA